UGUGUAUCACCUUCAAUUGGAGAAUUUUCCUCCGAUUAUAUCGAAGCAGUGGCAGUGUACAGGGGAUGUGGUAAACAUAAGAGCUUAGCAAACAUGAACCAUCCGGCAUUACUUUUGAAGAACCAGACCAAGAAUUCUACAAAAGAAAC